CUCGGAACUCCGAAAUCCUUCCUCAAAACUCACUUACUCGCUCACUCUUCCUCCACCGUUUCCCCUGGCCGGCCGUGGAAAGUAAACAACCACCACCAUACCUUCCGUCUUCCACCGCCGUAGAACACGUGUCUUCCUCUCUCAGCUGUAGCGGUGUCACACAAUAUCAGUGUUUCUUUUCUUGAGCUACCUAGUAUCUAUCAGGCGAUUCCCCUUCUAUCGAGUAUUCACCUACCGUUUCUUAACAUUUCCAUCUCGCCUUCCAUUAUAUUCUGAAUUGGUAUUAAGCUGAUAGCCGAUAUUCAAUCGCUGAGUUUCAGCUGCGCCAGGGAUGUCUAGGUUUCGAUCACUCUGGCAAGCUUCUUUGAAUGCCACCAAGAAAGCUCUUACAUGGAACCUUGAAGACUUGAUGCCUCCUUCCGAGAGACUUAUUUUCAGCUUCAACUCAAAGGAAGAACUAAAGAAAUGGCAUCUAUAUUCAGAUUCAGAGUAUGGAGGUCUCUCCUCAGCUUCGUUGGAGAUUAGUGAAGUAGACAAUGGGUUGAAAGCAAUAGGUGUCUUCUCUGGGAAUCUAUCAGUAGAUCUAGCUGAGGAUUCUAAGUGGAACAUAAGUAGGGGUGGAUUUUGUGGAAUGCGUUCCAAGAAGUUUGAUGGUUUCAUUGAUCUCGAUUCAUAUGAUACGAUUGCACUCAAGCUUAGAGGUGAUGGAAGAAGCUAUAUAUCAACUAUUUAUACAGAGAAUUGGGUUAAUUCCCCUGGGCAGCUAGAAGAUAAUUCCUGGCAAGCUUUUGUUCAUGUUCCAAAAGACAACUGGUACAUUGCAAAGAUUCCACUUGCUCGAUAUCUACCGACUUGGAGAGGGAAUGUUAUCAACGCAGAGAUGGAGAUGAAUCAAGCCCGUAUUCUUGGCAUGUCGCUCUCUGUCAAUGCAGAAGGUGGUGUCCCUGGUACCAGAACUGGCACCGGUGAUUUCAGAGUUGAGCUCGACUGGAUCAAAGCCAUUCGAACAGGGGAAUACACGUGAUGUAUCCGUCCCCACAUAAUGUAAACCGGUUUCCUCCUCAACAAAUCCAGGUUUGAAGCACCUUGCAGUAAACUGCACCUGUUCAGUGGCAUGCCAUAAUGUAACUCCCCAAGUUGCAGAUUGCAAACCCUCAGCCCAGUUGUAGGAACUGAGUUGUCUAAACAGACUUGGAAGUGGGGUGAGAGAGACUUCAAACAGAGACUUACAGCAGUAGCCCAUGAAGGUCAUGCCUUCUGGUGGUGCUGCCAUGCUUCCUAGUUUAGGAGACAAGCACGGUAAGGCAUGUCCUGUUGUAGUUUUUGCUAAAUGAGGUGUAUUUAGGAUGAAUCGCUAUUUGCCGUCCGUAGUUUUAUUAUUUGCCGCCCGUAGUUAC